CUCUUUUCACCACCAACACCACUUUGUUAACCGUUUAUCGUUUAUCCUGCUACUGUCAUAUCGUUUUUUGAUAUUUGUGAUAUCCUCUUAAGACUAUACGUGAAGGCAUACGAAACAUUGCUGCUUGCUAUCAUACCGAGAAAGUAUCUUGCCGAACGCCUCCAUCUUUCUUUCUCUAAUAAAAAAUCAUGUACAUUACGUAUAAUACCGAGCAGUACUCUGAUGUCGAGCGAUGGUAUUCAGAGCCUAAAUAUGGUCUAUUCCAACAUACCCGACCACCUCAGCGGUUUUCUACACUGCCAAAACCAGAAUUUAUGCCAAGCAAACUUCUCCGUGUGUCCGACAUGCGCGUAAUUCAAGGGUCCAGCGUCAGCGAAGGCUAUUGUGCGUUGUCGUAUUCUUGGAAUUGGUCCGGCGAAAUCAUCGUGGACGAAGUGACGGGGACAACCAGACGGGUGGAUCAUGGAAGACAUAGAAUCAUUUUCCCGGCCAAACGGGUACCACGAAGACCAAGGGGACGAAAGCGUAAACCCCGCCGCGUCAAAUAUGUCCAAUUCGAAGGUAUCAUCCAACAAAUAUGCAAGGACUUCAAUGUCAGGUACAUCUGGUAUGACCAAUGGUGUAUCAAUCAGGACGACAAAGACGAAAAGAUCCGAGAAAUAAAGCAGAUGCAUAAAGUUUAUCGCAAUGCAUACUGUACCGUGGCACUGAUUCCGGAAUUUUGUUCACGCCAUUAUCUCGAAACGAAGCCUCUAAAACACCAACCCAAUUAUCCCAAGCUAUAUACUUCCCAAUGGAUGAGACGUGUUUGGACCUUGGAAGAAGCACUACUAUCGCAAAGGAUACUUUUUGUGGGCCAGGACAUCCAUUCUUGGUGGUAUUUGGUCCAGAGAGUGGCAAACUUACAUACGCUCUGUCAGAAGCAACCAGUCUGGAACGUUAGUACUAUCCUAUACUAUGCUCACAUACGGACAACCACGAAGGAACACGACAGAGUAUUUGCACUUGCCAACCUUCUUCCCGACAUCAUGAGCAGUAUUACGGUCAACUACGAUCAGCCAAUAGACGACUUGUUGCUCCAUUUUUAUGGGCUUUUGGCCCAGAAAGACAUAUCCAUCCUGUGUUUUGGGUGUCACAAAGAUUACACACGCAUCGGCCGGCCAAAGGACGACUUGGCCGAAGCUACUGAUGUAUCCUUCCAACUCAAGGAACUUUUAACGGGGGCUAAACUCCGGCAGCGUCAGCCUUACACUGUCCCAAUCCAGACCCACUGUCAACUCUUGCCAACUUGGACUGGUGUACAAGGAGAGCAUAUACUUCCUCUUCGCCACGAAUAUAGCGAUUAUCCAAAAACAACUUUUAAAAGCUAUACUGUUAAUGGUGAAUUUAUGCAUGUAACUAGCACAAGUCUUCCAUCCAACAAAGAUGCUCAUGACAGGUGGUUUUCUCCAUUCGAACACAAAGAUCUUCCACUUGUACCUCAAGGUCCGAGCCAUGAUGUUAACGGAGAAGAAGUUCGCUGGAUUCUCUGUAUUUCUGUCCAGUUCCCAGGGAAGGAUGUCAGUAAAAUCCUGAAUCUUUUGAUAACGCAUGCCUAUGAGCUUCCAAUCUAUGAUCAGAAGGGACUCAACAAAAGCCUCCAUGAUAAACUUUGGCAUGUGGCACAGUUUGUGCCGAUCAAAAAAGAGAACCUGUUCUGGUGGAAUGCUGCUUGGUCCCAGGAGGCUAUUGCAUGUUUCGAAGACUUUUCUCUGACAGAGCGCGUAUAUGCUGUCUCCGACGUGGUGAUACUAUCUGGUGUACAGUUCAAAGAUAACUGGCCUGAUCGAAAACGCUUCCCGGUUAUUGUGCGGGAUAAAACAGACAAUCGUUACAGAGCUAUUGGGACAUGCAGGGUUGCAAAUCCAGAGUACUUUUUCUCCGGCGUUGUCGUACCCGAAGAAACUUUUGUCAUCAAAUGAUUAGCGUUUUUAUAUUAACAUGUAUAGCUCCAAAAUUAUUGGCAAAAAUAAA